AUGUUUCCGAACGACUUCAAAGUCGAUGAGAUUGAAAUCCAGGCAUCUCAAGACUUGUUUAGAGAACUGGAUCAAGAUGAAGAGGAUGAAAACAUCAGUAAUAGUGAUGAAAGUAGUGAUGAUGAAGGUAGCAAGGAAAAUAAACUGAACAAUGCUGAUGUAAAUAAUGAAGAUGUGAACAAAAAUCAGGAUGAAAUCAACAAUAAUAACCAAAAUAACAAUAGUGAUGUGAGCAAUGUGGAUCUCACAGACACUUCCUUCUAUCUAACAGAGGAGCACAUGCUUACUUUGGAAAUAAAAAUUGUCCACAGUGUCAUAGAACAUUUAAAACAAAUCAGAAAUUCAUUGAGCAUGAAUGCUAUAUUUGUUCUGCAUGUAGAAAAACAUUCACAAGGAAGUUUAACUUUGUCAAUCACCAUUGCUCCACAGCUACCACAUUCACCUGCCAACAGUGUAAAAAACUGUACAAGUCCAAAAGAUUUGGUAGAAAUUAAUAGUGUCAUCGAUGAAGAAAGAACUGCUCUGUUUUUUGAACCUGUCAGAUCUUCAUGGCAGAGGCAACAGUGUAAAAUGUUAAAUCUGUCAGGACAUACUACAUUUGAAUCUGAUCAUGUUAGGAAAGUCAUUGGCAUCCCAACAAAUAUUAAAACUAUAAAAGAAAAUGCCUACAAGAGACAAAGUCUUACAAACAGAACAAAGGAAAUGCUUCAUAAGAGGGAAGUGAGAGCCUUAAAAGAAAUACGGAAUGAGGAAAACAGAAGGAAAAGAGAAAGUAUCAACAGCAGAACUGUAGAGAAGAAAUUAAAGCAGACAAGUAGAAAAUCAGAAGAUUUUAGAAAUGAAGAAAGCAGACGGAAAAGAAACAGUUCAACAAGUAGAGACAUGGAAAAGGACAUAAAAAGAAGAAAAAGAGCAUCUCAAGAAAUGAGAGAUAAAGAAAACAGAAGGAAAAGAAACAGUUCAACAAGUAGAGACAUUGAAAAGGACAUAAAAAGAAGAAAAAGAGCAUCUCAAGAAAUGAGAGAUAAAGAAAAUGAGAAGAAAAGAUGUAAUAUCAGAAGCAGAGUUGUAGAAAUGAAAAUAAAAAGAAAAAACAGAGCUUCAGAAGAAAUCAGAUUUCAGGAGAAUAAAAGGAAGAGAGAAAAUCCCAGAAGCAGGUUUGUGGAAAAGGAAAUAAAAUGUCAAAAAAGAUGCUCAGAGGAAUUUAGAGCCUUGGAAAAUGAUAAUAAGAAAAAAAUGUGUCUAAUAGAUACAAAGAGAAAGAACACAAACAAAUGA